AUGGACAUUGCUUUUUUGAUGCCAUACCUAGUCCACUUUGUAGUUUUGUACGUGCCCGUUGGUGUCAUCUACUUGGUUUAUAAGUACAAAUCCAGGGCCGCCACCCCCAACCUUCCUCCAGGUAGAAAGGGUCUCCCAUACGUUGGCGAAACUUUGGAUUAUGUGCUGGGUUUGAGACGGGGAACUCCUGUGAAAUUCAUAAAUGACAGAAGAGCCAAAUAUUCAUCCGAUGUGUUCCGUACAUCAUUGCUCGGAGAGGACAUGGCUGUCUUUUGCGGUGCUGCUGGCAACAAGUUCCUCUUCUCUGGCCAAAACAAAUAUGUCACCGCCUGGUGGCCUCGUUCCAUGAAGAAGGCUUUGUUGGAUCCAUCCAGUGUUGAUAAUUCUUCGGAAGAAGAAUCCACUAUUCUUCGGACAUAUCUGCUUCCUUUUCUCAAGCCAGAGUCACUUCAACGUUACGUACCAGUAAUGGAUAUCAUGGCAAAGGAGCACCUAGACCAAUAUUGGUCCCCCUAUAAUCAAGUCCAAGUUUCCCCACUUUCCAAGAAGUACGGCUUCUCGCUCGCCUGUCGUCUAUUCAUGAGUGUUCAACAUAGGGAAGAGAUCGAAAAUUUUGCCAAGCCUUUCGCUUUUGCGACUGCUGGUCUCAUUUCCGUACCCAUUGAUCUUCCUGGAACAACAUUCAAUCGCGCCGUGAAAGCAGGCAAAGUGAUCCGCCGAGAGCUUUUAGCCUUUAUUACCAAGAAGAAAAACGAGCUGUUAAAGAAAGGAAUGCUGGCUGCUUCAGACAUAGUGGACUGCAUGCUGAUGGACGGUAUGACUGAGAUAGAGAUCGGCAACAAGAUUGUAGGCUUCUUUAUUGCAAGCCAUGACACAACAAGUACCGCAAUCACCUUCACCGUUAGCUAUCUUUCUGACUAUCCUGACGUAUAUAACAGGGUGUUGGAAGAACAAAAGGAUAUCUUACGGUCCAAAGGGCCUGGAGAACCAUUGGGAUGGGAAGAUAUUCAGAAGAUGAAGUACACGUGGUGCGUAGUAUGCGAAGCGAUGAGGCUGGCACCACCUGCUAAUGGAGCUUUUAGAGAGGCCAUCACCGACUUUACUUACGCAGGUUAUACGAUUCCAAAGGGAUGGAAGGCCUUCUGGACUGUCCAUUCAACAAACAAGAACCCCAAGUACUUCCCGGAUCCAGAGAAGUUUGAUCCUUCAAGGUUUGAAGGAAAUGGUCCCGCACCCUACACAUUUGUUCCAUUUGGUGGAGGUCCUCGUAUGUGCCCUGGGAAGGAGUAUGCCCGACUGGAAAUCCUCACUUUCAUACACAACCUGGUCACCAGAUUCAAAUGGGAGAAACUGAAUCCCAAUGAGAAGAUUUUCUAUAGUCCUUCACCCAUUCCAGAGGAUGGUCUUCCCAUUAAGCUCCAAGCCGCAUGA